AUGUCAGAAGAAGCGUCUUCUGUUGGAAAGUUUGACCAUGACAACGGUCAACAAAUUAGAGACGAGGAAUUAUUUAAAAAAUUCUUGGAAAGAUACAGAAAAGUUUUUCAAUUUGAACAAAACCAUCCUGGAGAGGAAAUAUCACUAAGUAUUAGUGGUGAGAGAGUGUUAUUUCAUGUUGAGACGCGUGAGGUACCUUAUCAAGCAGAUAAAAGCAAUAUGAACGAGGACGAGUGGAGAGCCGCUAUUAAGUGGAUUGAGAAACAAGAAGGAGAUAGUCCUUGGGUAGUCUCACCAGGAGAUGAUGACUAAAAAUCUGUGUCUCAGGAAGAUGAGGAGACAUUAUUAAGAGAUGCGAUUGAGAGUGGAGAUGAGGCCGAGAGAGAGAGAUGCGAGAAAAAGAGAUGUGACAAAGAAAGUACACUGUUAAACAAAGCAGACUUAUCCCAAGGAGGUUAAUCUUUACCAUCAAUUAAAUUAAUAGAAUCAGUUAAUCUUAAUUAUAAAAUUAAAUCAAAACAU